UAUACAAAUUAGAUCACUUUGCAAACAUUUUGAUUGAUUAUUUAUAUAUAUUUUUUUCCCAAUCUCCUGUUAUAGGCCCCAACACGACAGUAUCCGUGGGGGAUGAUAUUCCACCACCACCACCAGCAAUUCCUGUUACUGGCCCCAGCAGGACAGAGGAACUGCCUGUAGAUACACGAGCAGUCCCUUCCACAAGCAGAGGAGUAGGGAGAGGUAGGGAAGAGCAUAGAAGGGAGUCUGAUCUAUUUUCGUCCUCCUUAUCUCCCGUGGCACAAGGGUCAACUUCCAGCACUCCUCACUCAACCUUCUCCUCCCGUUCUCUGCUUACCUCUUCCUACCUCCAGAAGGAUAGAAAGAGAAGGCUGGACUUCUCUUCAGACACCAGCGAGGAUGAGGAAGAGGUCGAUGUCCCCACCCAAUUACAUGCUGCAGCAGCAGCAACAAGAACAGCAGCAACAUGGAGAGCACGUGGUGGAAGAGCGAGUGGGAGGAGGAGGAGACAGCAUCGGGGGAGGAGGGGCCGCCUUAUCUUGGGGCAAACAAACCACGGCAACCCUCCCAACCCUGACUCACCCCCGUCUUCACCACCACCACCACAUCAGGGUGUGGUUGAUGCCAUCGUGUGGAGGGACUGUGAGGAUCAUACACCUGCUGUGUUCGAGUUUGACAACCCAACAGGUGUACAGCCUGAACUUGGUUGCACUACCACAUCAAGCAUUUUGAAUUAUUUCUUGGCAUUUUUGAUGUGGCAGUGAUAUCGCUAAUCGUCAAUGAAACCAACCUGCACAGGCAACUACUAGCCAACUGGGAAGAUCCACGAUUAGUUUGGGGCUAUUCCCACUCCUCCACUUGGAAUGACGUGACCCCCUCAGAGAUGUAUGUGUGGUUAGCUCAUACAAUGUUGAUGCCUCAUGUAAAGAAACACAAAGCUCAGGACUACUGGAGCAAAGAUGAACUUAUUCAUACUCCAAUAUUUGGAAAAUAUAUGGGUAGGGAUAGGUACCUGAGUAUAUACAAAUUUCUCCACUUUGCCACUAAUAUGGGCCCAGUACCUAAUGACAGAUUAUAUAAAGUUCGUUACCUUAUAUCUUUGCUUCAGGAGAAGAUGAGGAGAUUCUUCAAACCAUACCAGAAACUGGUUAUCGACGAGUCGCUUGUACUUUUCCGUGGGAGACUGAAUUUCAUCCAGUACAUCCCGUCUAAGCACCACUGUUUUGGCUUGAAAUUCUUCGUGUUGUGCGAUUGCAAGACGGGAUAUAUACUGGAUUUUGUCAUCUACACAGGUACGGAUGUGGAUAUCCAGGAGACAGGCCCUCAUGGGUUCUCAGGAGCUGUUGUCAAGACUCUCCUGGAUAAACACUUCAAGAGGAACCACAUCCUGUACACCGAUAAUUACUAUACUUCACCUGCACUCACUCAGUUCCUCCUGCGGGAAGAAAAAGGCACCUGUGGCACUGUCAGAGCUAACAGGAAGCACUGGCCAGCUUUCCGGGCCACGUCGAGGGGACAAGUCCAGAAAAAAGAGUCUGGACCAAUGCUGGCCAUGCAGUGGAUGGACAGACAUCCUGUGAAUAUGCUUUCGACGAUGCACACAGGUGACCUGCAGGACAGUGGCAAAGUUGAUCACAACACAGGUGAACCAGUGAAGAAGCCUGAUGCAGUGAUUGACUAUAAUGUCAACAUGCGACUCGUCGACAAGAGCAACAUGAUGGUGAGUGAAAUUGACAGCCUGCGGAAGACCCGAACGUGGUACAAAAAGGUUUUUCUCCACCUUGUGGAUGUAAUGGUGCUGAACUCUCAUAUCCUAUACAAGCAGCUAUCUGGCAAUACGAAACUCUCUCUCAGGUGCUUUGAGAAAGAGUUAGUCAGGCAGCUAUUGUCGAGGUUUGGCACCAUCACAGGCAAACCUGAAGGCCCAAGACAGAUGCUCCUCACAGACCGGCUGCAUUCUGUAGAUUUCAAUAAAACACACCGGCUGACCCUCAACCCUCGCUUGGCUUCAGGGAGGACGCCUUUUCGGUCUUGCAUAGUCUGCAAGCAUACCGCCCACAGAGAACAAAGACGGGUAGAAACAAGAUACCACUGCAGCUCAUGCAAUGUCGCCUUGUGCGCUGUAGACUGCUUCUCAGAUUUCCAUUCGGAAGAACAGUACUAGCAAGGAGUGUGGGAGACUAUGAAUAAGUGUAAAUACGUGUGUAAUAUAAUGUUCUAGAGUUGUGAAGUGACAGUGACACAACAUAAUAUAAGAGAUGUGACAGUGACACAGUAUAAGUGAUGUGCCAGUGACACAAUAAUAAGAACAAAUAAAUAGUGUAAAUAAGUGUAUAUAGUGUUUGAUGUAGCAUAAGUGAUGUGAUAAUGACACUUUAGUAAAGGAGAAGUGACAGUGAAAACUACAGACACUGUAAAUGAUUCACAGAGGAUUUAGGCCUACAGGGGAUACCUCUAUAAAAAAAACAUGCCCUGACUUUACCUCAUGGGUGGUGUGGAAACAAGUAAAAAAAUAAUAAUAGUAAAAGAGAGAGAGAGAGAGAGAGAGAGAGAGAGGAUACAAGGGGCCCGUUUUCUAUCGCUGUAGCUAAGGCCGCUGGCGCCGAUUGGACACAAGGCCACGUACACCGAUUAUACCACCUCAUUCAACCUGUGAUAUUUUGGUAACCAUAGCAUCUAGAGACUUCUGGUUUUUUGCAUUGCAAAGAGAAAGAGUUGCUUGUGGGCAGAACACCAUUUGUACUCACUUGUUUCUUGAAUUUUCAAUUGUAAUCAGUAUGUAAAUAGAGGCUAUUUUGUGCGUUUCUUGCCAAACUUCCCGAGUUAGCGUGAGCGAAAAACCAAACGUCCCCAAAUUUUAGGGGUUGUUCCACAC